UGUGUGUGUGUGUGUGUGUGUGUGUGUGUGUGUGUGUGUGUGUGUGUGUGUGUGUGUGUGUGUGUGUGUGUGUGUGUGUCGUACGGAUUGAGCGCAGAGGUGCACCUGACCGUGAACAGAAACAAACGCAUCAUUCCUGUUUUAAAACAUUUCAGCGCCUGACCAAGACAAUGGACUUUAAAGGUGACAUUCAUACAAAUGGAGCUCAUAAGUCUGGCCAGGACAAUCUUUUAAAGAAAGAUAAUAUGCCUACCCUAGAGGCAAGAAGUUUUGACAAUAAAGUUGGUAACCCCAUUGAUAAACUUGAUGGGAAAAAAGAAGGACAGAUUGGGAGUCAGUGCCAAGGGUCUCUGGCAGAAAAAGGCUUUGGUCAGAUCUGUAACACUGACAUGUUUGGUUUCACCCAGCAAGGAAUGAAUACAACUGCUAAUAUGAAUGUGGCCCCCUUUCAGUCCACUAAACCUCCCACAAUGGAUGAAUCUCAGAAGACAUCUAUCCUACAUGCUAAUGAACCACCAAAACCUUUCCUGGCCCCCAGUAAACCAUCUGAUACAAGCACUCACAAUAUCUUGGAAAAACCUGCAGAAGUAUGCUCUUGGACAGGUCAGGCAAUGCACACCCAUUCUCUCAACAAGGCAGAGCAGAGUCCCUCAGAACAUUUGGGUUACCAAGGGUUUCUGCAUAAAGAUGCCACAUCAGAUGAAGGGCCCAAUGAGGCUAUACAGCAGAAGAGGAAAAAAAGUGAAACUAGUGAAGAGGCAUGUGGUCUCCUGGAAAGCCUCAGGUCUCCUGAGAAAACCAAAUCAAAAAGCUCUAGCCAAGAAGAAUGUUCACCCCCUGGUAAUGGUGAGACCUGGAAGAGUGAAAUUCGAGAGUGGGGUGGUGGACGGAUCCAGGCAAAGAAAAGUAAGAGCAGAAUGAAGCUCCCUGAUGAGUGGGCCAAUUUACAAAAUACAGGGAGCCCCUCGCUUCAUCCUGACCCAAAUACAGCAAAGGACAUAAACAGGGAAAUGCUUGUUCCUGACAUGUAUGAGGCCAAAGACCCUCCUAGUACUUUUGUUGAAGAAGAAAGUUUAUUACCUUCUUUCACAACUGCACUUCAGUCGGCCAUCCCAGCAACAAUAAGUCAGGGGAAUGACAACUUACUUUCUGACAACCAUGGUCUAUCCCAGAGCAAUCAAGUGUUGGCCCCGAAUUUCACGUCUGGCUUUGAAACUACUGUACAUGCCAUCUCUAGCCCACAUGCAGACUCCAAAACAUUCAAGAACAACUCAUCUGUAAGUGAUCCCUCCCCACCAGACACUUCCAGCACUGUAGUAAGCCAAAAUCCUGCAGAUCCUGCUCCCCAAACAAAGCAUCAGGAACCACCACUGGCAAAGUCCCACCAAGUGAAAGAAGAAAACAUUGCUAAAGAGAAGACAGAGAAAAUUGAUGCUUCGUCUAAGACCCUUGUAAAAGUAGACAAGCUUGAAAACACAGAAAAGACUGACAUCAAGAACGUGGACAAUAGACAGGUAGACAAACAGGACUCUCAAACUGAGAAGAAUGGAAAAGAUAAGAAAAAGGGUGAUAUUGAAGAGACAAAAAAGGAAGUAAAGGAAGAGAAGAAGAAUGGCAGUGAAAAAGUGGAUAAGACAGUCAAGAAUGAGAAGAAUGUGAAGGCUGCCAAAGAGACCAGCAAACCCACUGCAGCAAAUGAAACUAAAGAUUUGAUCAGUCCAGAUAAAGUCAAGUCAAAUAAACAAAAUUCAGCAAAACCAAACUCACAUUCCACUGGAGAAAAUUCCGGUUCAGCAAAUAAAAAAGGCCCUGUGGCUAAAAAAACAUCUCCAACUGGCACCAAGAAGCCUGCUGGCAUCCCUUCUACCUUUGAGGCAAAGACACCUGAGAACAGUACACUGACCCAGAGGAAGCCUCCAGUUCCAAAGUUUAAUGGGGCAUCAGCUCCAAAAGCUUCUUCUGGCACCAAGACCAGUAGCUCCUCAGUUAAACCCCUAAAGAAGACUCCUACAAAUGCAUCCAGUGCACCAGCAACACAAGCUAAGGAUGGGACUUCAGCCUCUCGGGCCUCCCGUAUCACCAAACCUCCUGUGCCCAAGCAAGUACCCCUGCAAAAGAAGCCCCCAGUUCCACGAGCACCACGCAGUGCUCGGAUUCCUACCACACCCCUGCCUGAUCUAAAGAAUGUGUCCUCAAAGAUUGGCUCCACAGACAACAUGAAGUACCAGCCUGGUGGAGGCAAGGUUCAACUAGUACACAAGAAAAUGGACUUCAGCCACAUUACCUCCCGCUGUGGAUCCAGAGACAACAUCAAGCAUGUCCCCGGAGGAGGAAACGUUCAGAUUCUGAAUAAAAAAGUUGAUUUAAGCAAAGUCACCCAAAAAUAUGGCUCCAAGGACAACAUUAACCACAAGCCAGGUGGUUGUAAUGUAAAGACUGAGUCUGAGAAGAGCAAGUCCAAAACAGGAUCAAUGGACAAUGUUGGACAAGAGCUAGGUGGUGACCACGCUGAGGUGGUAAAGGUUCAACAGAAAUCUGAAGGAAGCCCCCCUGCUCCUGAAAACCCACCAAUUCAGACUAAUGAAGGGAUGAAAGAGAAGGGUCUAAAAGAGAGCUCUCCUGUACCCCCAGCUGCACCCUGUGAAGGACAGGGACUCUUGAAUUCUCAAAGUCAAGCCAAACACAUCCCUGCCAUAAACUGAAUCCUACAGGCUGAGCUUCCAAGCGGAGCUUACACAAAACCGUGGCACCAGUAUCAUCUCCUGGUCCCUUCCUGAGUGGCAGCCACCUUUCACCCACAAUGAAUUCGCAGUGUUUCUCUGAGGUCUAGUCUCCUUCCUCUUAACCUAGCCUGUUGCAUAUAGUAGCCUGGGAAUGGGCUUGAAACCAGCACACUAGUGCAACAAAAGCCGAACCUUUUAACACAUCACCUAUAUAUCACCUUUCUCUCUCACCAUUAUCAUCUACUUCUCUGUUUCCUCAGAUACAUACAGAUUUCAUCUCAAUUCAAGGCUUCGGCAGGGUUUCAGAGCUAGCUUGGUUUCAGUGUACAGUGCUGGAUGGAAGCCAUAUUAGCCUCAUACUGCUAACUACACAGAAACAUGCUUACUUCUUCUUUUCUUCAAAAAGGGUCAAAAUAAUCAAAGAUUAUGGUAUCAAGUGGAGGAAUCUUAAAAUAGAAAUGAUGCCUUGCCCAAAAUUUAAUUUAAUUUAGCAAAAAUAAUGAUGCCAAAAUAUAUGAAAUCGCCUAUGAAUGUGCAUCUACCAGACUAAAAUGAGCUAAACCAGACUAAGAUUUCCAGAAUAUUAAUAAAUUAUAUUAAUACCCCAGGUUUAGAGUGAGCCAGUAUUUUCUAUGGCUGCCCAUUGCCCAAUGUAAACUCCCAUGCAGUCACUAAGGAGCCUGUAUUGUACCUAAGUAUGCCAAAGUAAAUGUUUGCCCCAUCCAAAAUGAGGAAAUCAUACCACUCAAAUUUUAGACCAGUGAGACAGGUGCACUUUUACUGUGUUUACAUUAUUUUAAUAACGAUCCAUAAUUUUAUGCCAACAUUUUUGGAAACGUAGUAUACAGGAUUUCUAAACAGAAAGACAGUGCAGUACACUGAAAUAAUAAAUUCACAUACAGCAGGCAAAUACUUUAAUAUUGCUCAAUGACAAUACAAAAUCAGUACUUCCCCUGUUGAGGUCAAAGAUCCACAUUAAUUUAAGCUCAAAAUCUGUAUUUGAAUAUAUUUCAUUUUCAUAUCAAAAGCCUAACAUUUUACCCAGUGUAGUUAAAAGAAUCAUGACCUUAUAGAGUCAAAGUCAUGAACUCUUCAGUGAAAGUCCUUUCCUUAGGACACAAUAUGCUAUGAAGCACAAUAUGGAGUUAUGAAAUGACAGACAUUUGGGAGAAAGUCCAUGGCCGACAUGUUACCAUCGUCAGACAAUAUUUCUGUGCUAACCCCCUUUCUCCUAACCACUUUUCAGCAACCCCCUACACAAAAGGGGCCUAGCAAUCUAGAGCAAAGCAGAAUAGCAGGUUCUCAAAGUUCUCUGCACUCGCAAAAUUAAACAUGUGAUUAAAAAUCUCUUUCUUCACAAUGUGUAAUAUACUUUAUCUGGAUACAGUGUAAACAUCUAACGAAAUAAAUCAGUCCAGUAAAUGUGAAUUCUGCGUGAAUGUUCAGGCCUUGCACUAAGGAUUCACAAUAAAAAUAUGUGUAUUAUUUAAUGUUUGUGCGAAAGCCUGUGGAUAUAAUUAGCAACAUUAAUAUUCAGUACCAAGUGUACAUGCCUUUGUGCCUAGUGUGUGUGCACAGUGUGUGAACAGUGUGCAGUGGUCACAUGUAUUCAUGCAUGCAGCCAUGCUAUCUUACUUUUUGAAUGAUCUCAUGCAUAAUGUCUUGUAAAAGAGGUUAUAUAAUAGCUGCACCUCAACAACACAUACACACAAAGCAAUUGGUAUAUAGUUCCACUGACUGGCAAAAUACAAUGAAAAGGGUUUACUGUAUGUACUUUACACUGUUUUUCGUAUUAAUGAAACUGAAUACUUGUGCAACUUUUCUGUGUGUUUUUGGGUAAAUGGACGCAUCACCACUAUAAGGCUGCCGAAAACGCAAGGCAGUGUAUUGCUUUGAAUAUGUUUAGUAGAUACGACAAGACAAUCCAUUUUUUGGUAUUUUGUAAUGUGUUUUGUAGAUCAGCAUGCUUAGCAAACGUAAAAGAGCAAUAAUUUGUGUGCUUUAAAAUGAAUAUUUAUCAUAAUUUAUUCGCCUCUUACUUUAAUAUCAUACAUUCAAUACAAAAACACUAACUCUCCAUAUGUUUAAAAUAACCGCUUUUAAGCAGCACAACUCGAGAAUAACAUACACGUCCUGCUCUCUUCCUAAAUACUGUUAUUUUGUUUUCAGACAAUUUAAGUGCUAUUGCUUUGCUUAUUCAGUCCUGAAAGCACAAAAAACAUAGUGAGGCACAGUAUUAAGACAGUGAUGAGUUAAACAUUACUUCAUAAAUAUUCUGUGUAAACUUUGAUCAUUAAGUUAUAUUUGAAUCUGUUACACCUGAGCUUUGCUUUAGUAUAAGAAAUCAGGCAUGAUCAGUGUAAAUGUUUGAUGCAUUUUGAUAUAUUUCCUGUCAUUUUUGUUUAAUCUCCUCUUCAACUGACUGAGUUUACUUUAUUUAGUUGGGCGUAGUUUUUCUUUUCACCUACAAUAAUCGAACAAA